AUGGACAAGUUACGUACUUCUCUCACAAAAACUUUGAAAACUCUUGGCGACUCGUUUUCGGAAGAUGUAACUAUGGAUGACAUGUCAGAUUAUGUGGUAUCUCCCCAUGACGGAUCGCUCACUCAAGAUUAUGAAACCAAUGUCCUAGGUGUCAUGAAGGUUCGACCAUGUGCUGCUCCAGCCCCUGAAAGCGAAGAUGACAUUAUUGACAGUAUUGAUGCAUCAUACUUUAUAGAAGACGAUUUCAAUGCCAUCGACUACGAGAUGAGGAAACUCUUUGGCCUUGAAUUACGUCUUGAAGAUAUUGAUCGUGAGCGAAUGAGGCUGAAAUCCCAGUUGCAAGUUGUGUCGAAGAAGAUUUCCACUCUGAUUAUGGAUAAGUCACCCUCUUACAAUGCUCAAAUAGAAGACAUGGAUUCCAUUAGAGACAGCCUGAACGAGUUAGUGUGCAAAAUCGUAAUGAUCAGAAGAGCUCUCGCUGGUGCGCUAGCACAGAGCCGAACCGCACUCUCAAUUCUUGCGAAUGAGAAGAAGAAGCGCAUGUUGAAGACUUUACACUCAACCUUGCGAAUCAUCAAGACUUUAUAUGAGACCGAGUUUCAUCUUAGAGACUGUAUAGAGGAUGGCAAUUUCCCAGUAGCUAUAAGAGUGUGCUUGGAAGCUAAAGAAGCAGCGAAUACUUAUCGACAUUUCAGCUGUGUGAGUGAUUUAAUGACGAAAUUGGUUGGUUCCACGAACCUGAUUGAGACCGCUCUUGACUCUGCUUUAGCUUCGUUCACUAUAGUUUUCGAUCAUGAUCGAUACGCUUCAGUCUAUUCAGCUUACUCAAUGUUAAAUAAAGUUGAGCCUGCAUCCAAGAAGCUCAUUUCCCAUUUCGUUUCAACUAUAAAGAAAUCUUCGCAGAAAGUUGUUGAGGAAAGAUGUAAGAUGUGCCAAACGCUAACUGACACAGCUGAGAUUUCCUAUGAGGAUUUGUGUCAGCGUGUCAGCAGUGAGGAGAUUGUGUCGACAGUCCGGGAACUCGGUUACGUUAUGUGUAAAAUUCUAACCAUCUAUCACACGAUUAUUCGCUUUCAUACUGAUGACGAUGAGCGGAAGCGAAUGAGCAAAGCGGACGAUCCCAAUAUCGGUAUAAUGGUCAACCAGAUGAUGACGAGUAUGCAUGUUGUUUUCCGUGUUGCGCUGUCCCGAAUGCAUUCAUUCUUGUGCAGCCAAGAGUUCUCAACAUUGAAGUUUGAUCAGCUGUUAGAUAUUGUUGAUAUGGCAAAUAAAUUUCGUCACUUUGGCCGCUCUUUUUUUGGUUACGCUUCCGAUGAACUAACGGUGUCCUUAGAGAAACAAGUCGUCAUGUACUUCAUAAGAUAUCAUUCGGAACGAAUGGAAGAGUUACGAAUGUUCUUGGAGAAUGAAUGCUUUACAUUAUGUCCAGUACCUCACCAGUUCACUAUUUUCGAUUUGCACGACUUCACCUUUUUGGAAGAAUCUCGUAAACGAAAGGGCAACAUUGGCGUGACGGCGAAUAACGUUACUGAAGAGCAGCGUGGAUUCUCGAUAAUGCCUGCUGAUUUUGUCAAUCCCUUCGGCAGUGCGGAAAUAGAGUCGCAAAAGCAGCCUACUCACAUGCCAAGAUCAGUGGGAGAACUCGAUAAAACUCGCGAUGAGAGAAACGAAACUGAAGAGAAUGAUGAAGGACCUGAUCAAACACCGAAUAUUUGCAAUACCGCGCUCAACUUGCUACGCUUUUUUGGCCGAUAUAUCCGCAUGACGUUCCUCUUGCCAUCCAUAGCAGAGUACUCGGUUCCUGCCUUAACACAGCAGUAUGAAUAUUUCUUCUAUUCAAUCUGCUUAUUUUUUGGUUCUGACGGAUCAGAAACAAUGGAACCACUCAGUAGUAUUGAGGCCGUGCUUUCGGAUAUUUCUGACCGACUUAUAGUGGAUGAGUCUCAGUUGUUAGCUGGAGGACAUGAAAAGGGUUUGCGGUUGGUGCGGCCAGCACUUUGCUCAGGGCUGAACCUCAGUCACGUUGAUCAACUUUAUGGCAUCGUAGAAAGAAUUAUAGCCGUGGAAUCAGUGGAAUUUGUGGCUCGACAACUUGAUCUUGUUCGACCUGUGAUGGAGUCACUGCUUCCCCUCACUAGUGAAAAUAUAAUGAGAGAUUUGGACCAAUUUUAUAGCAAAGUAUUAUCAGUCGUUCCUGAUACUCGUCGUCUCGUUUACGACUGUGUAGCCAGUCGAGCGCUCAAAUAUCCUGUUCUCAUCGCCGCUGUUUCAAACACGAAAUGGGAUGUGAAUGAAUUGCAAAGUCGUCAUAGCAACUACGUAGACUUUAUGAUUAAAGACUUUGAAGGGUUCGCUUUGCGGCUGGAACGCGUGACUGAAACCAUUCAUUUGAAUGAAGCAGGGCGUGCAUUGUUAUGGAAUAGGACUAUCUACUAUGCUUUCAAUGCCUUGGUUCAAGGAUACUGUGAAGGUGGGAAGUGCUCCACAGAAGGCCGCGCAUUGAUGCAACUUGACUUCCAACAUUUGAUACUAAAGCUUGAGCAAAUCUGCAAUCUUCACCCUGUACCGCAUACUGCAUUUGUUGAAGGAUAUAUUAAAGCGUUCUAUUUACCAGAGAACGGUCUCGAGGAAUGGAUUAGCAAGCAUACGGAGUACACCGCCAAGCAAAUGAUCUCGCUCCUCAGCGUUGCAACGCAUGUAUCGAAGAAAGCGAGAACGAGGAUAAUAAACGCCCUAAAUGACUGA